AUGCCUAUCAACUUUUGUCUGUUGAACACCAGAUCAAUCAAUAGGAAAGAACUUUUUAUUAAUGACUAUGUCUCUGAGAACGACAUUGAUAUUCUGGCAAUGACUGAGACAUGGUUACGUGAGGAUGAUAACGAAUUUUCUGUUGCUGAAAUCUGCCCAACAGGGUAUCACUUUUACCACGUUACAAGGAAAAAUGCACGAGGUGGAGGAGUUGGUCUCUUACUGAAGAAAUAUAUUAAAGCCAAAAAACAAUCCCAGAGAAAAUUCUCUUCUUUUGAAUAUAUUGAUGUCAUCCUGAACUACCGUAACACUUGCACCAGAACGAUUGUCAUUUAUAGACCACCGCCAUCGAAGACUAACAAACUAAGCAGUUCAGUAUUUUUUGAAGAAUUCUGCAUACUUGUAGAACAGUUGAUCAUAUUACCUGGCAAUAUAUUAAUAGCAGGAGACUUUAAUUUCCAUGUAGAUAACAUUACAGAUCCAGAUACUACUAAACUCAACAGGAUACUGGAAUCGUUUAAUUUACAACAGCACGUCAAUGGGCCAACCCACACGAAAGGCCACACUUUAGAUUUGAUUAUAACAAGGAAUGAAGAUAAAUUAGUUACGGGUAUCAGAACAUAUGAUCCAGUAAUAUCGGAUCAUCUUGCCAUACAUUGUACAUUAAAAUUAGAGAAACCACCAUUGGAGCAAGCUGAAAUUUACUAUCGAAAAUUAAACAAUGUAAACAUGAAUAGUUUCAAUGAAGAUCUAAAAGUGCUAGAUUUAGAUGAUGAUUAUGAUCUCCCAGUCCUUAUUGAUAAAUAUGAAAAUACGCUGAAAGAAACAUUACAGCAACAUGCCCCACAAAAACGACGAAUUAUAACUCUCCGUCCUCUAUCACCAUGGUACAAUGAAGAGAUUGGUCAAGAAAAAAGAAAUCGCAGGAAAUUAGAGCGCCGCUGGCGCGCAUCUGGAUUAUGUAUUGACAGACAGUUAUAUGUUAAACAAUGUGAGACAGUGAAUGCCAUGAUAAAGAAUGCUAAGACAACAUACUAUUCAUCGGUUAUUUCUAGCAAUGCACAUAAUCAGAAAGUGUUAUUUAGUACGGUUGAUAAAUUACUCCAUCGAAAGUCAGAAAAGCGCUAUCCAACUGUGUCAUCAACCACAGAACUCGUGAAUAAAUUUGCAGAUUUCUUCAGUAAUAAGAUUACUACUAUACGGCAAGAACUAGUCAUUGAUUCUUCCCACUGUAAUCAGCUAAAUCAAGAGGAGCAAUAUGUACAAUGCGCUAAAUUCAUUAACUUUCAAGAAGUCACGGAACAUGAAAUUAAAAAUAUUAUUGAUAUAGUUGGAAAAAAAUCUUGUGAACUUGAUCCAGUUCCCGCAAAAAUCUUUCAAAGUUGUCAGAAGACUCUCUUACCUAUAAUUACUAAGAUCAGUAAUGAGUCACUUCAGUCAGGUUGUAUGCCUGGAAAACUAAAAGAAGCCGUGUUGAAACCAAAACUAAAGAAAGAUUCGUUGGAAUACGAAGAAUACACAAAUUUUAGACCUAUUUCAAAUUUAAAACUCCUGUCUAAAGUAAUUGAGAAGGCCGCCGCCGGUCAGCUUCUGGAACAUUUGGCUAAUAACAACCUAGAAGAACCUUUCCAGUCGGCAUAUAAACGUUUUCAUAGCGUGGAAACAGACCUAUUAAAAGUGCAAAACGAUAUUCUUGUGGCUAUUGAUAAUCAUAAGUGUGUUGUAUUGUUACUACUAGAUAUGUCAGCAGCAUUCGAUACUGUUGAUCACGAAAUUUUAUUACAAAGAAUGUUCAAACGAUUUGGGAUAGAUGGACAA